AUGGCGAAAAAACUUCGUUCUGCGCGACAAGGCUUCUACUCCCUACCGAGUUUUCGAGUAUUGAACGUCGCUUGGUUCAACGAUAACAUAUCGAUAAAUAUAAUAAGAAACAAGAACGUUACCGUUUCUAAUAGCAAUACUGACGACAAAGACGAAGAUGAUACCGACGACAAAAUACGCAAAAAUGGCAUUCUUCCAAAAGAAUCGACAACAAGAAAGAAAAUAAAAAUUAACGACGGGAAUAGUCGACAACCAAAACGACCAUUAUUACGACGCGUGGAUCGCGAAGUAAAUUUGUGUUGUAAGGGUAAAGUGCUAUGUAAUGCUGUAAGCAGGUUGUUUGUAUAUGACGAGAAAAUCCUCGAUAUUAUUAAUGAACAAGACAUUGGAAUUGCACAGAUAUUCAGAUGUUUUGAGAAACUCCCCGACUUCCAAUUACUUCUAAUCGGCCGAACAGACACCACCUGGUGGCGCGAGUACUCGUUAUGCAUUGAUGGUAUGGAAUGCUACAUCAAGGAAAUCUUCCCUAAGAAUUUGUUUAAAAAUGAAUGGAUUGAUCAAGUUGACAAUAAUCCUGAUGAUUUCUUUGAUAAGGAGUGCACUAGAAAUGCUGUUUCGUGGGAUUACUAUUCUUUGACGUUUAAGUCGGAGAAAUAA